UGCAAUUUAGGAUUUUUUCUUCGCUUCCUGUAAUUCUAGGUUUCAUUUUUUAUUUCUAUAAUCUGCCAAGCAACUGAUGCCAUUUGAUACUCCCCUUCCUGCCCACAGGAAGAGGUUUCAGUUCCUCAUUCCCCAAAGCUGGUGGAGGAGUGUCAGAUCUCAAGAAGUGCCAGAGUAGGACGGAGGGUCUGGAGAAAGAACGUGUUAAUUAAGCCCUCAGAUGAUCUUCCUUCUUCAACUCCUCAUGACAGCAGCCAUGCAAGGAGGCCAUGCCAGGACUCAUUCUCUACGAUAUUUUCGUCUAGGGGUCUCUGAUUCUACCCAAGGGAUUCCUGAAUUUAUUUCAGUUGGCUAUGUGGAUUCUCAUCCUAUCACUUCAUAUGACAGUGUCAGAAGACAGAAGAUGCCCCAGACUUCUUGGAUGGAGGAGAAUUUAGGAUCUGAACACUGGGAGAAGUAUACUCAGCUUUUGAGGGGCUGGCAGGAGACAUUUAAAACGGAGCUGAAGGUCCUGCAGAACCACUACAAUCACACUGGAGGAUUUCACACCUACCAGAGGAUGAUUGGCUGUGAGUUGCUGGAGGAUGGGAGUACCACGGGAUUUCUCCAGUAUGCAUAUGAUGGAAAGGACUUCAUCAUUUUCAAUAAGGACUCGCUGUCUUGGAUUGCCGUUGAUAAUGUGGCUAGACUAACCAAGCAGGUCUGGGAGACCAAUCUGAAUGAGUUACGCUAUCAGAAGAAUUGGCUGGAAACAGAAUGCAUUGCCUGGCUAAAGAAAUUCCUGGACUUUGGAAAAGAUAGCUUCCAACGGACAGAAAACCCACUACUCAGAGGAAGCUGCAAAAAGUCAUCUAUUGGAAUUACAACUCUCAUCUGCAGAGCCUACGGUUUCUAUCCCCCAGAGAUCACCAUGACCUGGAUAAAAAAUGGGGAAUUGAUAAUCCAAGAAAUUGAAUAUGGAGACAUUCUUCCCAGUGGAGAUGGAACCUAUCAGACCUGGAUAUCAAUAGAGGUUGAUCCUCAAAGUAAAGACCAUUAUUCCUGCCAGGUGGAACAUAAUAACUUCCUUAAGGUCCUCCAUGUGCCAGUUGAGCCAAAGACUAUUAUUCCAUUUGUGAAAAUUAUUUCUGGGUUUACUGUCAGUGUCUUAUUCCUGAUUGGUUUGGGAAUUUUUGUUUACAGAAGAAAACAAUCAGGUAUCAAAGAAGUCAGUUAUAUUCCUACACCAGUUAAGUGAUUUGAAUGCUACCUUUGUAUUCCUCUUUGCUUCCAGCCAUCACAGCCUCUUCUACUAUGGACUGGGAUAUAGUAGCAGAAAAUACCCGACUAAUCCUUCCCAGAGAAUAUUGGAAAGAGGUGGUAUGGUACAACUGAUAGAGCACCAAACUUGGAGUCAGGAAGAUUUGACUUCAAAUCUCACCUCAGAUACUUAUUUGUUAAAUGAUUCUGGGCAAGUCACUUUUAUCUCUUGGUGUCUCCAUUUGCCUAUCUGAGAGGAUUGGACUAAAGGUGUGAAUAAGAGACCUUCUUUGAGCUCUAAAUCUAUGACUGUGAUAUAAUAGAAAUUUUCGAGAUAUUGGAAUUGAAAUCCCAUAAUUAUCUGGUUAUAUCCAAAACUUAGAUCUCUGAAAUAUUGCCAUGUUAGGGUACUCUAACAGGUUCUUUCACAACAGUGAAAUUUGGGAUGAAUCAUACUCUGCCUAUUGGAUAUAACCUCUCCCUAGAUCUUAUUUUUCAAUGGAUUUUGAACACUGUUGUGAGAAUCAUCUCAGAUGCCAUGGCAAAUGUAGAAUUGACUCUAUAAGCAGUGUUGGAAUACCCAGGAUUUUCAUUGCGGGGUAUAGGCUGAACUUCAGCUUUUUAUGGGUUCCCUGUAGCUGAAAAGAAGCUCUAGUAGUGAUUCAGGCUAGUUCUGAUAGACUUGGGAUGGAGAAGGCCAUCUGCAUCCAGAAAGAGGACUUUGGGGACUAAAAGUGGACCAUAGCAACGUUUUCACUUUUUUUUGUAGUAUGCAUGCAUUUUGUUUUCUUUCUCAUUUUUUUUUCUUUUUGAUCUGAUUUUUCUUGUGCAGCUUGAUAACUGUGGAGAUAUGUAUAGAAAGAUUACACAUGUUUAACAUAUACUGGAUUACUUGCCAUCUAGGGGAGGGAGUGGGGAGAAAGGAGGGAGAAAAAUUUGGAACACAAGGUUUUGCAAGGAUGAAUGCUAAAAAUUAUCUAUGCAUGUGUUUUGAAAAUAAAAACCAUUAAUAAAAAAGUAGCUACUGGAGCUAUUUUACAUAUUAGAGCUAUAUGUUAUUAUAUUAUAUUAAUAUAUAUUAGAUACAUUAGAGCUAUAGAGAAUUUUUCUGGUAAUGUUGGCCAGUAGCCAGGCACUGGUGAGACUUUGCCUGGCUUAAUCAGUGGGCAUUAUCUCAGAUUGAUUUAAAGAAAAGUUGGGUAACAAUCAAAAUCUCCAUUACUACUUCCAAUAGUAACAUGAAGGCCUUGAUACAAGCCUGGCAUUUUGAUGCCAAAACUAUAACUAUCUAUACACAUAUACCUGUGUAUAAAAGAAUUUCAAAAGGGCCCAAAUUCACAAUAGGGUGCAGUUUUCAUAUCUCUGAUUCAUGGCCUCCAGCCAGAAAAUUCAUUAUCUGUUAUCAUCUAGGAUACUAUCUCCUCACAAAUAGAGUUCACAAAAUGAAAGAAAGGUUUUAUUGAAGGAUCAAAGUGAACAUAAAACAGAAUACUCAGAAAUCAAACUGCAUAUUUUAAGAAGUGAUCAUCUCCCAAAGGUCUUUAUAAAUUCUCCAUCAGAGACAGAGCUAGAUGAGAAGAUCCGUUACUGGCUAAUUCAAGCUUGAUUCUUUUUGUUUUGCAGCUAGUGCCAAGUAUUGCCCUAAAAUAAAACCAAAAUCCUCUUCUGAAACAAAAUUUCUUCUGUCACGGAGUCCCUUAUUAGCUCUAAGAAGAAAGCCUCAAGUGUGGCCCUGUCUGGCAGGUCUCCUAUAGCAGUGUGAUGAUGCAGGGUUCCACUAGGACCUUUCUCUCACUGGAGCCUCUUUAGCAUCCACUAUUCCUACUACCAGCGUCCAGUCUCACAUGAACUUGCCAAGGGAGAGGUGUCGUUCUCUAAAUUAAAACAAAAUCCCAGUCACAGACUCUAGAUUCGUGAAUAUAGUAAUUAUAUACCUUGAUGUCCUAGGUAAUGCAGUGGAUAGAGUACUGGGCCUAAAACCAAGAAGAUCUGAAUUCAAAUCCAAACACUUAUUAGCUAUAUGACUCCGGCCAAGUCACUUAACAUCUGUUUACCUCAAUGUCCUCAACUGUAAAAUGGGAUGAAUAAUGUACCUACUUGCCAGGGUUGUUGUGAGGAUCCCAUGAAGUAAUAUUUGUAAAUCCUUUAGCACAUUGUCUCACUGUUAUGGCUGUUGUUUUCAAGUCAUUCUGAUUCUUCCUAUGUUUUCUUGCCAAAGAUAUUGGGAUGAUUUGCCAUUUCCUUCUCCAGUCUGUCACCUAACAGAUUUAAUAAAUACCUGGUCCCCUUUCCCCCUUUAAUAUCCUGCACAGGAGUACUCUUCCUUCAACUCAACGAACAUUUCUGAGUGCCUACUCUGUGCCAGACAUUAAGUUAGGUACAGGGGAUAUAAAGACAACAAAAUACUACAACUUCCUCUUAAUUAUCUCUCUCUAAAUACUGAAGAAUUUAGGUGAGAUUACCCAAACCACCCUGGAUUGUUAGCAGUCCUUGCUUUUUGUCAGCCAUUGCUAAGGAGAUGUAGGUAAAAGUGGGGGGAAACUAAAUUCUUCAAAUCCUCCAGCCUCUGUUUAAGUCAGCAUUCAAUUGAGAGUAGGGCAGAUGACAAACUCCCAGCAUUACUCUUCCUUUUUUUUUUUAAUUUAAUUUUAUUUAAUAAUAACUUUGUAUUGACAGAAUCCAUGCCAGGAUAAUUUUUACACAGCAUUAUCCCUUGCAAUCACUUAUGUUUCGUUUUUUUUUCCCCUCCCUCCCUCCUUCCUC